UACAUGCUUAUGAUAUAUCAUAUACAUGGGCACUUGUGCUUUCAAAGGAUUUGAUGCAUGUCUUGACCCGAUUCGGGUCAUGACCCCCUCGGGUCAUGUAUUGGAGUUCAACUCCCCGAAACUCGUGUCAGAAGUCAUCGACGAGUUCCCAAAACACGGGCUUUUCAAAAAAGAUCAGUUAUUAUCGCCGUUAGACCCCCAAGAGCUACUUCUCGGCGGCCAAGUGUACUAUCUCUUUCCUCUAGCGUUAGAGGAAACGAGUGAACAUGAGCCCGUUAGAGUAUCGGGUGUAACUGAAGUCGAGCCCAUGAGAAUGUCGACAAGUGCUGUGGCGUUGCAACUUGUGACAAAGAAUUUAUCGGACGGGUCAGGGUUUGAAGUGUUACCGCCGCCUAGAAAGGGGGUAUGGAAGGUGAAACUAGUGAUUAAUACAAAACAGUUGGAGGAGAUAUUGUCCGAGGAAGUGAACACCGAGGCGUUGAUUGAGCAGAUGCGUGUGGCGGCAACUAGCUCGAUGAAGGUGGUGCCGCGGCGGAGCCAGAGUAAUUGGAGAGUGAAAUUGAAGCCAAUAUUUUGCAAUGCAAUGAAUAAACCGGUGAUUGAGGAUAUUUCAUCACCAAGGUCUGUUACUCCAAUGUUGAAGUUGCAAAAGCCUGAAUAGUUUCUAUAGUUCUAUAGCAAUAUGGAAUGGAACUCCUUAUUCCAGUUUGUUGUAAUAUCAAUAUACUCUUGUAUUAGUCCCAUGUUUGGGUCAAUUAGUUGGUUUGAAUUAUAUUUUAGUUUUAACAUAUGGCUUGUUUUAACGAUA